GAGACGUUGAUUGAAUAUCUUAAUAAUUACUCCUUGUUAACAGCAAUUAAUUUUAAUAAUAAUUAAUUUUAUACUCUGAGUGGACUAGUGAUUUAGAUAUUUUUUGGAGUUUGCUGUUGACAGCACAAACAAUGAAACCUUUAAGUCUACUAUUAUUCUUCUUCUUCGUGAUUGCGAACUCCAUUGUUCUAUGCAAUUCGUUUGAUGUUCACGAAGCGUUGAGCUAUGCCAUCCGACAGUACGGCUUACUGGCCCAUAAUCUAGAGGACGACGAUAGAUUCAUUUAUACUGGAAACCCUACCAAUUCGGAAUGGGACAAAAGUACAGACAGUUCGAGUUGGACGGUUGGUUUUUAUACUGGUACGCUGUGGAAAUUGUACAAAUUAACAAAUGAUAAAUAUUGGAUGGAGCAAGCACUGCACAAACAGGAGACCAUCAGACAUCGACAAUUUGACGAGAGUAAUCAUGAUGUGGGUUUCAUUAUAAUGUCGUCAUUCGGAUAUGCGUUGACGCUAACCGGAGAUAGAAGUUUCGAAGAGGUAAUCAUCCAAGCUGCAGAUUCGCUGGCGACGCGGUAUAACUCUGUGUGUGGAGUCUUCCGAUCAUGGAAUAAUGGAGAAUGGAAUGGUGGGGCAGAUGGCGACCUAUUAGUUAUUGCAGACAAUAUGAUGAACUUAGACUUAAUGUUCACUGCGACGGAGUUGUCAGGAAAUCAGUCCUACGCACAAAUGGCCAUUUCUCACUCAGAGAAAACCUUCGAAAAUCACUUCAGAGAAAAUGGUCAAGGCGUUUUCCAUGUCGUUGCUUAUAAUGAGAACACAGGAGCCGUUAGAAGAAAGUACAAUUAUCAGGGAUACGCAGAUGAUUCAACGUGGGCCAGAGGAUUGGCAUGGGUUGUACAUGGGUAUGCCACCACAUAUGAUCAUACCAAAAAUCCAUCAUUCUUAGAGUAUGCCGAAAAAGCGGCUGAAUAUUUUGUUGAUAAUUUACCAGCGGAUUGGGUCCCGUACUAUGAUUUCGACUGUCCGUAUACUGAUAUGUAUCAACCGAGAGACACGUCAGCUGCUGCUAUCACCGCUCAUGCACUGUUAAAACUGUACCGGUCAACAAACAAAAUCAAGUAUUUCCAACAAGCCGAGAGCAUAUUAGAAGCAUUGUUUUCGCCAAGUUAUCGUGCUGACGGAAGGAGUUCGUAUAAACUUCCAGCAAUUUUAGCCAAUGGUACAGUACACUUUAAUGCCGGAAAUUUCGACACUGCAAUCAUUUAUGGAGACAUGUACUUUCUGGAAGCAAUUGAUCUGUAUAUGUACACCGGAUCCGGAUAUAAAAACGUUCUUUUCGUAAAUACUUUAGGUUUAACGUUCUUACAACUUUUCAUGAAUUUAUUUAGAAAAUAAAAGCGAAAAAGAA